GGCGCUUUCUUCUCCUCUCUUAAACCCUAAACCGCAGAAAGAAGAAGAAGAAGAAGAAGAAGAUGGUGAGGCUCACAGCCGAUUUAGUUUGGAAGAGUCCUCAUUUCUUCAAUGCCGUUAAGGAACGAGAGUUGGAUCUUCGAGGUAACAAGAUAGCUGUAAUGGAGAACUUGGGAGCUACAGAGGACCAAUUUGACACUAUCGAUCUGUCUGACAAUGAGAUUGUAAAACUUGAAAACUUUCCCUAUCUUAAACGAUUGGGUACUUUGCUCAUAAACAACAACAGAAUUACUCGUAUCAACCCUAACAUUGGAGAGUUCUUGCCGAAGCUACACACAUUAGUUCUUACAAACAACAGGCUUAUCAACUUGGUAGAGAUUGACCCUCUUGCCUCCCUCCCUAACUUACAGUUUCUUAGCCUCUUGGACAAUAACAUCACCAAAAAACCUAAUUAUAGGCUCUAUGUCAUCCACAAACUAAAGACUCUUCGGGUUCUUGAUUUUAAGAAAGUUAAAGCUAAGGAGAGACUGGAAGCUAAAAACCUGUUUUCUUCCAAAGAAGUUGAAGAAGAAGCUCAGAAGGAAUCUGCGAAGACCUUCACACCGGGGGAGACUCCUACUGAUACAGAAACUGCAGAGGAAGAUGUAUCACAGAAACAAGUUGCACCAACACCUGAGCAAAUUACUGCUAUUAAGGCUGCAAUUGUGAAUUCCCAGACACUUGAAGAAGUUGCAAGACUUGAGAAGGCCUUGAAGUCUGGUCAGCUUCCGGCGGAUUUCAACACUUUGGUUGGCAACACUCCAUCCAACAGCAUUCAAGAAACAAAUGAAAGUACAGUCCGGAAUAGUGAAAAUGAUGCUGAUGUUAAAUCAAGAGAUGUGAAGGAGCAUGAUAAAGAUGAACCUGUACCCAUGGAACAGGAGUAGAUACGAUCAAUCGUUCUUAGGGAGCAGCAUUUGCUAUUGCAUCUGUGAUGGCUGAUCUGGAAAAUAACAACUGAGAUUCUCAACAAUCGCUUUAUGUGAGGAAUUAUUUGCCAGUGUCAUUGCCAUGGCUCUUGAAGUUCUCUUCUGGCCUAAGGGAUGCUGACCUUUGUUUUAAUUUUUGUUUAUUAUUUUUAUGAAAUUGAUUAGAAAGGUAUAUUCUGCAUGAAACAGUUGAGGCUUGUGGAAAAGUUCCCUCGAAUUUUAUCACUGGUUUCAAGUUGUUUUUUCUGGAUUUCGAGGAGUGCAUUUAGGACCGUUGACCAUUCGAAAGGGGUCACAAGUUUACACUAGUGUGAAUUUGGUCAGUGAUAUCCAAUCCAAAUUGAUUGGAUCGGUAGAUAUACAAUGAUUUACUUGGAGCAUCUCCAAUGCAUUUCUAUAAAAAGAAAAAGUUGUAUUAAAA